AUGUUUACAAAUGCUUCCCUCACUUUUCCCAAUGUUUUCUGGCAGGUGAUGAAUGAUCGUGUUGGUCCAAUCUACGUCAUCAACCUUCUCAUUUCCGACCUCAUUCAGUUCUGCGGCAUGAUCUUUGAGGUGGCGCAACCUAAGGACAGGACAGUGAUUGAUACAUUCACAUAUAUUUACGUAUACUGUCUGGUGGCCAGUGUUUGCUUCAUGGUGUGCAUCGCCCUGGAAAAGUAUUUGGUCAUCGCCUGCCCGCUGUGGUACCGCUUCAGACGAACCAUCAAGGUCUCUGUGCUGGUGUGUGUCGUGGUCUGGAUCAUUCCUCUUGUCUAUUUCCUCCCUUUCUUUUUCUGGAUUAAUUUUAGGGUCAAACGAGUCAUUUUCGCCAUCUUCCUCCUCCUUCCUCUCCCACUGUUCAUAUUCUUCCUUGGUGGGACCCUCAAAGCCCUGUCUGCUUCCAUCUCUGUCCACUCUGACGAAAAACGACGAAUUAUAGGACUGUUGGUCCUGGUGUUGCUUAUUUACAUGCUGCUCUUCCUGCCGAGCAUCAGUUGGUCCCUGGUAGCGGGAGCUAAAUUCAACAAAACUUUUAGCAAUGUGUCUUUAACAAUCCUCAAGUUAAGUCCUCUGGUAGACGUAUUUCUGUAUGUUUUCAUGAAGAAAGGGACCGUUGACAAGCUGUUGGCUUCUGUGUGUUGUUGCAAAAUGGACAGUGAUGAUAUCAGUAGUUCAGAUUCAAGUUCUGUCAUUCAAGUUUGA